AUGGUAUUAUUGCCAUCGUCAAAGAAAAAAUAUGGCGAUGAAAUAUCUAUAUCAUCAAAUGACGAUUUUAGUGUAAGCUUGAUUUUGAUAUUAAUUGUUUGUAAAGAUACAUCUCAACCUCAAAUGUUAACCGAUCACAUUGGACAAAUAAUUCUUCAUAACAAUAACUCUAGAAGUAAUUCUUUGCAACUUACUAUGAAAUCAAAAAUUAACACUAAAAAAAAUUAUGCAUUACAAAAACAAAUUGAAAAUUUAUAA